AUGUAUCAGCAACUAUUCGCUACUGGAAUAUUCAAGAACAAGCCAAUACAACAUUAUGAGUUAUCUAAUAUCAAACAAAUAACAAAUGAAAGCGUAAAUACCUACAGUGCUAGAUUUAACAAUCUUAAAAGACUAGUUGACCCAGCAAGAGUUGUAAUAGCAGAUCCUGAAAAUUUAAGAAUAGCUGUUAAUGAAGCAAGAGCAAUAGAAGCUGAAACAUAUUAUAUGAGAAAGUCUUCACAAGCCAUAAAUAAUGAUGCAAUUGAGGUUUUGACUAAACAAAUGAAACAAUUCUCCCUCAACUAUACAAAUUUUGUUAAUAUAUUAGCAGCAUAA